UUCUUUCUACUUUUCUUUCUACUCUUCCGCUCUACACGGUUUCUUAUAGAAUGCCCUCCUAUACUUACACCAUCGAGUGGCCCCAUGUGAACACGGACCAGAUCCAUUCGCUCCAGAUCACCGGGAGCUUCGAUAACUGGUCCCGGAGCCUUCCCGCCAAAUCCGCCUUCGAGGACGGCUACCAGCAAGUAGUCAAAGUUGAUUCUCGCCAGAAGCUCGUCUUCAAGUUUAUUGUUAACGGCAACGAUUGGGUCACCAGUGACUUCUACAAGACUGAACAUGACGACAGCGGAAUCGCCAACAACGUCAUUGAAGCUGCUGAGUUGACCGAGUUCCACGAGUUUGAGGAAGAACCAGAAGCUGCCGUUAUCCCAGUAGCUGCAACCAAGACUGAGGUUCCAGAAGUAACUAAAGAAGUUGAAAAGAUUAAGGAAGCUAAAGAAGUUAUUCCAGAAGUUUCAGAAAUAAUUCCAGUUACUGAGGAAGUCCCAGGAGAUUCUAUUAAAGAACUCGCUGAAGAUGUUGUUAACGUUCCAGAAGAAGUGGAAGCUCCGGAGGUUGUUGAAGUUCCCGAGGACGCUGAGCCUGAAAUUCAUCACAUUUCUGAGGCUCCCGAAGUUGUUUCUUUACCUGUUAAAGUCGAGGAUGAUAUUCUUCUGGAUCUCGAAGACGUCAAGUCCAAAGACCAAAACUUGACCCAAGUGCUUACGUCUUCGUCUUCGUUUGCAGCCGUUUCAAUUCCGAGUUCUAGUGACGGCACUAAUGAUUAUGAGCAUCUUGAUUCUCACCGCGACAUCGUCACUUCUGCUCACGACGAAGGUGAUGACGAUCAGUACAAUACUCCUACCAACUCUCUAUUUAACUCGGCGGUUUUGAACAAGGGCAAGGACACUGUCUCUGUUCCUGCCACCCCAUCUUCCACCUCUAACAAAGGCAGUUUUAGCACUGGUGACACUUCUAUCAACUCGAGAGAGAACUCGUUUGCCAGUGGAAAUAAGCCAAAGUUAGUAGCCCAGGAUUCUGAUGCUACUUUGAGUAACGUCACCACUGGAACCACAGACAAAAACAAUACUGCCAACGACGUCGUUGAGAUCUUGAAGGCUCCCGGUGGUUACCCUGCCAGUCCUGAAAGAAGCAGUCCAGUCGAUAUUGGUACUAGCAAGGAAUCGCAAGGAAAGAGAGAUACUCUCAUUUCCAGAUUCAGAAGCUUGUUCCGCUACUAGCUUCAGUGGAGGUUGUCUUUGUAUUUCGCUUAUCAUAGAUAGAGCCUUGAAGCAAUAGUUAACUAUGUUAACUUUAGUUUGAACUCUCACUCUUUGAAGGUUUGAACUUUCAUUGAUGGCUUUUAUCUUUGCUAUUCUUCCACUUUCACUUUUAUCCAAUCAAGCAUAUGCCCAAAAGAAAAGGAUUGUCUGUCUUUAAAACCCCUUUAUUUAAUCCCGCUUCACUUCUGUCUAAUUGUACAUGUAUCUAUGAAUCGAUAUACCGUUUGCCUUUUCUUCUUCUCUGGCAAGAAAGUGGGAUCCUGAUUCCUGUUCUCUGUCGCUUGAUUGUUGGUUGUCUACUAUUUAAUUUCCUACAUAGUCCAGAAUACUACUUUUUGUUCUUUUC